AAAGGGCGGAGCUCCGGGAGAGGCGGGGCUGAAACUUGGAGGAGCGGCACGGCCCGCCCAGGAGCGGUCCAUCCAGCCAAUGAGCGCCUGGAGGCGGGGAAGCCCCGCCUCUGCUAUAAGAAGGUGCUGAAGCCGGGGGCGCGGCGCGGAGGUCUCAGAGCCCGAAGCCGUGGUGUGUGGUGUCCUAGGUGCCGGGGAGCUGCGACAACCGGGCGCGCGGGAGCUCUGAGUUAGGUGCGCCCUGGGUUGGGCAGUAGCACGAGUCGGGUUCCGUUUUCCUUUGCCUGACUGGGCUGCGGGAAAGGCACGGGACGCGGAUCCCUCGCCGCGGAGGAAGAGCUGGCCGGGACCCCGGGACGCCCGCGCUGACCAUCCGCCCGCCGCCCCCGCAGGCAUCCGGCCCGCCGUCAUGGCCGACCACCUGAUGCUCACCGAGGGCUACCGCCUGGUGCAGAGGCCGCCGCUCGCCGCGCCCUCCCACGGCCCCCACGCGCUCCGGACGCUGCAGCCGUACGCGGGCCCGGGCCUGGACAGCGGCUUGCGGCCUCGGGGGACGCCGCUGGGCCCGCCGCCACCACCUCCGCCGCCGCCCCCACCCGGGGCCCUGGCUUACGGGGCCUUCGGGCCGCCGCCCGCCUUCCAGCCCUUUCCGGCCGUGCCACCGCCGGCCGCCGGCGGCGCGCACUUGCAGCCAGUGGCGACGCUGUACCCGGGCCGUGCGACCGCGCCCCCCGGCGUCCCGGGAGGGCCCCCGUGCCUGCAGCCGGCGCCUGGCGCCCCGGCCCCGCCACCGCCCGCGCACGCCCUGGGCUGCAUGGACGCCGAACUCAUCGACGAGGAGGCGCUGACGUCGCUGGAGCUCGAGCUCGGGCUGCACCGCGUGCGCGAGCUGCCGGAGCUCUUCCUGGGCCAGAGCGAGUUCGACUGCUUCUCGGACUUGGGGUCGGCGCCGCCCGCCGGCUCGGUGAGCUGCUGAGUGCGGCCGGGCGCCUGCCUGGCGUGCCCGAGAGGAGAAGGGGGGGAUCUGACUGCCCGCCGGAGUCCGUCCCAAGCGCCCGGGCCCCGCGCGCACCCUCCGUGAGGGUGGAGGCAGCGGGUUAGUGCUCCGAGCCCGACGCCCGGGCUGGGACGCCUGGCCUCACUCCAGGCCCUGCCUCCUGCAGGAUGACAGUGUAGCUCCACCUCUCUGACCCGGAGCCUCAGCGGUAAAGUGAAGGGGACUGGACCCCCUUUCGGACUCCCGGUUCUUGGAUUCUCUGUCCUCUCGCAUUCUCCCCUACCCCGCCCCCGAAUCUGAGCCAUUGCAGGCUACUGCCUGAUAACCCCUUCUCUCCUUGUGCAACUCGCUGUGGUCACUGAGUCCCUGGAGCCGCCCAUCCACCAGGCCUCCACCCUGCUGCCUGGGCCCUGAGGUCGCUGGGCCCCCGCCUUGGGGAGGGGAAGAUUGUACAGCCCUAAUCCCUGUACAGUGGAGCAAUGCCCCAUCUGGCCUCCAAAACCAAAAUAAAACUGGGUCACUUU